AGUAAAAGUGAAAUUUUGAUGUUCUUUGAAAUUCGCCAAAGCAGCGCUACUUUUGCAUUUCAUAAGCGGACGGUUGUUAUAAAGCCGGCGUAUGUGGGCGAGCGUUUACGAUUACUUAUCGAGGCGUUUCUGAACAGCGCAACUCAGAAAAUGCUAAUAUAUUAUAUCCUUACACAGUGAAGUUGCUUUGUUUGUACAAUAUGCACAUGUCCCGUGAAAUGCACUCGAGACAGGGGAAUUCUUUUCUGUAGGUUGUAUGUGAUAGUAUACAUAUGUAUAAGAAGUGUUGUGCUGUUUAAAAAAUCGUGUUCGCUUCGGCUCAUCCCGUCACCGAACAGACAUUCGGAGUUGAACGGAAACAAGAAGAAAAGAGACCACAACCUCGACGCCAUCAUUGCUCGCGUUGGCCAUAUGAGAAUUAGCGUUAAGUUUUUGAUUGGUUUAGCUAUGCCCGGCUUAGCGUUGGCUGCUAUAUGUUUGCUGUUCACGCGAAAAUCACGUGAUAAUGACGGCAAUCCCCUUGUCGAGGUGGACACUAGAAAAACAUUAGAUCAAUGUUGCGAUAAUACUGAGUCAGGUCAAAGUGAAGAGCACAAGCCUGAAAAAAUGGCCGUGAGUUUCAAUGAUUUGACUGCAAAGGAAGAUGGACAGUAUAUCAAGAAUAAUGCGAAUGAUGAAAUUUCUAAAAUUGGUGACGCGGGUUGUGGAAAUGCGGAAGAGACAUCCGAGCAUCGCUGCAAAGAAAUUGAAAACCCAGUUAAGCAUAGUCCUGUUACAUGUUCAGGAAAUAAUCGUUGGAAUCUAGAUGUAUCAGUCGAGGAAAAUUGUUCAAAUUUAGAAUUGCAAGGCGCAAACAGCUGUGAUCAGUCGAAAUCUGCAUCUAUGAAUGUAGUUCAUAAUACAAGCAUUGAAGUGGGGAGCUCCAAUCAAACGUCUACCAAAGACUCACUUCAAGGUGACCAUCCAAAAAGGAAAGUCCACUAUCGGGCCCAAUCCCUUGACGAUUCCUCGGAUAUAAGCAGCAGUGAUAGUCAAGUGGAGAUAAGUGAUAUUCCAUGUCAUGAUGACGCCUCCACUGAAGAGGUCACGUGGGAGUUGGAGUUUCCUCAAGCGCUAUGCGGAAGACUUAUUGGGAAAAAAGGAAAGAACGUGCAAAAAAUCUCUGAAGCUACCGGCACAAAAAUCCGCUUAAUACCACAAAAGGAGAACAUGGAAUCUUCGCAGAGACUGGUUGCCUUAACAGGAUCUGUAAAACGACUGGAAUUAGCAUUAAAAGCAUUGCGGGUGAAGUUCCCCUGCGUGCCUUUCACGAGAUUAGACGGUAAUUAUCCUUACGUAGAGGCUCUACCAAGCGUAACACGUAUUACGUUACCUAAAGACAAGCUAUUCCAGGUUUUUGUAACGAACAUCGUGAAUGCCGACCAUUUCUAUGUUCAACUGUGUGAGCAUUCUGUACAGAAUUUUUUGAGGCAGCUAGAACAGCAAAUGUACCAUUACUAUUGUAAUUUCAACACCGUUCACGUGCUACAACGUGACGUAACUGUCGGUGUACUUUGUGCUGCAAUGUCGCCAAGCGGUUGGUGGUGGCGUGCUCAGGUAGUUGGCUUGCUUAUGUCGCCCGAUGACGUCGAGAUCACGUGGCUUGAUUAUGGUGGACGCGUAACUGUUCCCACUUCAAUGUUGCGGGAACUAAGACCUGAAUUUCUGCUCCAACCUUUCCAAGCUGUUGAAUGCUACCUUAGCAAUGUCGAACCUAAUCAUGGUGAAAAUCAGUUCUCCAUGGCCGCGUGUGCACUGUUAGAACAACUCACUCUUAACGUCGCUUUGACAACCAGGAUCACCGGUUUCAAAAGAGAUUGUCCCAAUUUAGAAUUAUGGUUCUCAGAUCAAUGGACCGGACAGACAUUGUUUGUGAACCGCGAGUUUGUGCGACGUGGAUAUGCUCGUUGGGUAGAAACGUGACCCUACUGUUCUGAACAAAUGUUUAUGGUCCAAUCUCAACGUCAUUGGCAACGCAGAAUCGACGUGUUCUACACGAAAGCAUUAAUAUAAAUUAUAAAUAUUGUAUUAUAAUACACUGGUAAAAAGCGCGCAGAGAAGUUUCUCUUUCGCACAAUGUCUAAGAGAACUGUUGUCGACUACAAUCUUUAUUUAUUCAACUUCAGGAAGGCUCGCUAACUCGCACGUUUAAGUACUGAGAUUAUUCUAUAACCAUUCAAUACAUGUGGGUUUUCUCUUCGAA